AUCACGCACUCCGAAGUACUUCCUGUAAACCGACUAGGCACUAAUUGUUUGUUGUUCACAACAGUUGAUUUAAAUCGGUGGAAUCAUUCGUUUUCCGGCCGUAUUCCAUUAGAUACGAUCAAAACAUUUCCAGGUGUCUUUAGAUGACGUCUUCGGAGACGCAAAAAUGGGUUACUUCAUACUUACCACCCGAAGCCUAACGUGGAUGCUCGUGAGCCUGUUGUCCGCAUUGAUGAUGUUUAGUGCCUUAUUGAAUCCUUCUUGGCUCACAACUCGAUCUCAGAGCGUUACCAUUGGGAAUGAAACGGUAACAUUUACCCCUAGUGUCGGACUAUAUGCCAAAUGCGGCAAACCUAUUAGCAUUAACCACUCGGCUUGUACAAUAAUACCAUUAAGAGGUUUGGCUACCAGUUCGGAAAUUUUCCCGACAAUAUGGAAAAUUGCGAUGGUGUUCUUGUGCAUGGGUUUAACAAUUAUGUCUGUGACAGUGUUGAAUAGUUUAAUAAGCUGUUGUUACCAAAGUAUAUUCAGAAAGAGCAUUUUUACCUUAUCUGGAAUGGCACAAGCUGUUGCUGGAAUUUGCUACAUUUUGACGGUAAUGCUAUACCCUAUGGCCUGGGGUACUUCAAGGGUUCAGAAAUUGUGUGGUCGAGAUGCGUCUCCAUUUUAUAUGGAUGGGUGUUCAAUUGGAAAUGGACUUUGGUUGGCCGUUUUAGGGACAAUACUAAGCUUUGUGUGCGCGUGUCUUUCGGUACUUGCGGAGAAGUCCACGAGUAGCGAUAAAGUCCAGGAUGAAAUUUACAAGGGACACAAAUUUAUUUGCUUAAAAUAAGGUGUGUCAUCCGCAUAUGCAGAGAUGCUUUCGAACAACGAUUUAUCGUACUCUGAAGGUUGGAAGAUGAAAUUGGGAAAGCUUUGUGCGAAAUAAGAAGCAUGUUGACCUGUGCCCGAGGCUAUUUCCAAAACAUUUGCUUUCGUUGAUUCAUCUAACUCCUUCUGUAACACCUCCAAUAUGUAAGACUUAUUCCUAUCUGCGGAUGGGUAGUUAAUUUUUUGACUGAAACUAACAUACUGCCUUAGAAGAGGGUCCAAUCAUCUAACUAUUAUUCUAAAGUAUAAUAAAUUUAUAUGAAAUUAUCGAAAACUUGCUUCUGUGUAUAUAAAUAUUCUGGUUACACUGUAUUCAAAUUAUAUUAUUAAUGUUAAACUGUGCCUUUUGCAGUUACAUGUAUCAUCUGCUAUUUCAGAUAUAUUUAUGUAUGAUUUGUAUACAUUAAUAACCAGAAAUUGUAUAUUUUUGAAAAUGUAAUCUGGUCAUAUAUUCUUUUUUAUGACGUAAUAAAAAUAAACUUUGAAACAAAAUAUAUAUUCAGAUUAGUUCUUAAGAAAUGUAAUUUACUCAUAUAUUUAUGAUUAGGAUUUUGUUUGUUUAUUGUGAUAUCUAUUUAUUUGGUGCUGUUUAUGUCUAAAUGUGUACUUACCUCAUUAUAGGACUGCUUGAUAUAAAACGUUUUAUAUAUUGCAUCUGUAAUAGAGUACAGUUAAUUACUAAUUGUAAUUAUUUUAUACCAAAUAUUACAUAAUACCCAAUCUUGCUUUAAAUGUGUUUUUUUACUUUUAUAUUUAAUAAAUGCUUAUACAUGUAA